GCCCCGCACGUCGCCCCGGCCCUUGCUCGGCAGCCAUGUGGGCGGCGGCCCCGGGGCUGUGGGUGCUGUACGCGGGGCGUUGGGCGCUGCUCGGCGGUCGCCAAGCGGGGCUCCUUCGCGGCGGCGCCCGAGGCCUGCACGGCUCUCCGGUUCCCUGCGGCAAGAACCUCCUCAAGAAGUUUGCCUCGAAGACUAAAAAAAAGUUUUGGUAUGAAGGUCCUUCCUUGAGCUCUCACUUGACUUACAAGCCAUCCCAGUUGGAAUUCCUAACGAAAAGUACCUCGAAGAAGACCAAGAAGGAAGACCACGUACGCCUGAGGGCCCUGAAUGGCCUGCUCUACAAAGCGCUGACCGACCUGCUCUGCACCCCUGAAGUGAGCCAGGAGGUUUACGACCUGAACCUGGAGCUCUCCAAGGUCUCUCUGACUUCAGACUUCUCAGCCUGCCGCGUGUACUGGAAGACCACACUCUCUGCCGAGCAGAACGCGCAUACCGAGGCCACCCUGCGGAGAAGCGCCGCGCACGUGAGGCAUCUUUUGAUGUCCCAGCAGACCCUGAGGAACGUGCCGCCGAUCGUAUUUGUUCAGGACAAAGAAAAUGCAGCGCUAGCCGAGGUGGAUCGGUUGCUGGCUGUUGCUGAUUUUGGGCCCCCAGAUGAAAAAGAUGAGUUUAUGCAGAAUGGUUUCAGCAGGGAACCCAAGGCCCUGAACGCCCUAUCACCGUGCAACACCCCGGGCCCUGCCGUGCAUUCAGGUGUGUUUGGGAUCAACCAUGAGGCACUCAACAAGCAGAUCAUGGAGUAUAAGAGGAGGAAAGAGAGAGGGCGUGAGAGGCUGAGCCCCGAGCAGGAGGCUGAGCUGACAAAGCAGACAAAAAAGAGGAAGAAGAGCAAGCGCCGCGUGGACGAGGACCUCUCCCCCAAGGACUGCCUGUGGGGGGUGGUUAGUGAAGACGACCUGGCCUACAGUGCAGCCUGUCUGGAGGAGCACAGCACGGGACACGGGCGGGAGCUCCCAGAAGCAGAGCGGGAGCCACAGGUGGAGAGCGAUGGCGACAGAAAGGGCCGAGGUGGCUGUUAGAGACCUAGGGCAUGGACUGGGGCUCCACUUGCUGACCCACCCGUGUCUGCACGUGAUGCAGCUCUGCCUGAGGGAGGCCCUCGUGUGCAGAGCACCUUGAGGCACGCACGUGCCCCUCUGAGCCCCCCACGUGGCUGUGAGGAGAGGAUGGCCUGCAGGGAGCAGAGAGAAAUCGUUCCCAUUGACGGCAGUACAGUUCAUCCUCAUUAUUUGUGGAUUCCAUAAUUGCAGAUUUUCCUGCUGACUAGAAUUUCCUUGUAACCAUGUGGCACCUUCUCGUCACUCUCUGACGUGCAGAAAGGUGAAAAUUUGAGUCAUUGAUGCACAGGGUCCUGGUUAAGUUCCAACAAGGCAACCCUUUGCCGCCUUGUUUCAUAUGUAAACAACUGUCCUUUUCACGAUCUGUUUAGUGUCACGUUUUUCACAUUUUUGUGCCUUUUGAUGAUGAUUUCACUGUUUAAAAAUGGCCCCAAGCCAACCCCGUGGCCCUAGUGGUUAAGCUUAGCGUGCUCUGCUUUGGCAGCCUGGGUUCAGUUAUUAGGCACAGACCUACACCACUUGUCCGCAGCCACACUUUGGUGGCAUCCCACAUACAAAAUAGAGGAAGACUGGCACAGAUGUUAGCUCUGGGGCAAUCUUUCUCAGCAAAAAAAGGAAAGAAAAAAAGGCCCCCAAGCAUGGUGCUUCAGUGCUGUCUAGUUUUCCUAAGUGCAAAACGGCUGUGACAUGCCUUUCAGAGAAAACAUGUGUUAGAGAGAUGUUGAAAUAAACCGUUACUUAAGUGUGA